AUUCCAGCUUCAACUACCAGCCAGUGAGGAUGUGCCCGAGACGAAGCUUUUGCAAAAGAUGAGCCAUUAAGCCUGUCUGCUGGUUAUAUUGGAAGGAUUGUGCUUUAAAAUAGCUUAAAUAUCUCAUACACGAUUGUGUAAGUUAAUCAAACGUUUAAGCACAAGUAUUUGCAUAGCAGCUUUGUUAAAACGGAACUGGCCUUACCAUUACAGCGUGCAACGCAUUGAUAGGAAGUGGCGGUAAAAAGAAGUAGGUCACAUGAUUGUCAGUAGGCUAGGUCGCCAUCAGGCUUGUGUGACCUUACAGACCAGCACAUAACAAAGGUUAGGCUUGAUGCUGUUAUAAAAGUAAUACAGAUACCACGUGCUUAGCUUUGUUCGUUUGUAAACAGUGAACGUGUUGUUUAAAUGUGACUUUAUUUCGUCAUAAACCUUUCAAGUGGACUUUUGUAUCUUAAAAAAGGAUUUUAUUAUUUUUAAUGUACUAUUUACAUUAGGCUUAGGCUAUUAUAUCCUAAUAUAAUAAUAAAGUUACACUAAAAUAAUACUGCUCUAUAUAGUACUAAUAGUAAAGUAAAGUAGAUAAGACUAAUAAGAGUAUUUAGGCCUAAUAAGUUAGCAUUAAAAGCAAAGGUGAGGACUGGUAAGCUAAGUAAGAAUAAAGAUUAAUUAAUAAUAAUAGUAUUAAUAAUUUUUAGAUUAUUAAUAAAUAAAUAAGCUGUCUUUUUAUUUUUAGCAGGUUAAGCAUGACUGUUACUGUACUAAUAACUUUAAAAGAAAAGGCUUUACUAUUCCUAACCAAGCUAUUUAAGGCCUAAGAGUCUAGGUUGGUCUGUUUCAGUGGUUGACUAAAUAUUAAAUAUGCUUAAUUGAAUGUGUCUGCCUUACUCUUAUUAACUUUUUAUGAUUUUAUGAUUUAAAUGAAACAGAGCACAAUAAUUAAAAAGGUCCUAACGUCUUGAAAAAAAGAGUUGAAUUAUGUGGGAUGAGAUUGAGAUGAUUUAAUUUUUAAAUUAAUAGUAAUUAAAAAUUAAAUGUAAGCUGCACUACAGCUACACAGUUCAAGAAUACUAAUACACUAUCAAAACUACAAAUUACUCAAAAUUCAUUGAUUCAAAUCAUUUAACUUUUUAUUAAAAUUACAGGAGUUUUAUAAAUUAAAUGUAAAUAGGUCCCAUUUUGCUAAUUUUUUUGAGGAAAUUAAAAAGAAGUAGAGAUUGGAAUAUAGACUCAUAAGUCAUAAGAGUGAAGACCUAUGACUUUGUUAUUGUUGCCAUUUCAUAGUCAAUAGAUUAUUUUGCAGCUCAUUUAUUAGAUAAAUUUAUUUCAAGUGGAUAGGCCUACAAUUUUUCUUCUUUAUCUUUAUAUAGGCAUGGGCUUACAAUCUACGAAUCUUAAUACUGAGUGUUAAUGAUAGUUGUAACAUGUUCAAUUAUUUUUUUAAUUAAAUAUAGUCAGCAUAUGUUGAUUUUUUUGGGAUAUUGCAAUAAAAAUUAUUAAAGAAGUCUUAGACCAGUUAGGCUACAUAUUCAUAUAUACUGCUGGCCUGGUUGCUUAAUGCCUCACUGGUAAAUGUAUUUUCAAUGAAAUCUAUUAUUUUGACUAAAUAAUAGAUACAUUUGAUUUAUUUUUAUGUCCAUAUUCAUCGUGGGGCUCAAGAAGCUUAGGUUUUUGUACAUUUCUUAAAUAAAUUAUUGUCAAAAUGCUAGUAUUCUGAUACACAUAUGAAGUACCCUUUUGUGCCCUCCUGAUAAUCUUUUUUAGUUUCCGUGUGUACCUUGUAUUUAAGUCACACCUUGCUUUACCUCAACAUAGAACAUACAAUAUGGCCCAUGAGAAAUGAAGAUACGUUUCUAUUUGCAAAAAAUUUCUAAUAACCCAUUUUAAUAUAAUUUGUAUUUAGGAUUUCUCAAACCAAUAUUUUAACAACUUUCCGUUAAAUUCAUAAGCAUAUUUUGUUAUGGUCGACAGCCAUUUUAAAUGCUAAUAUUAAAUAUAGUUUAGUACAAAACCAAAGCAUGCAUUUAUUCUAUCAAAUUGAUGUGAUUCAUUAUUUACCAACAGUGUAAAUAUUAUGUGAAAUUUUGAAUCUGGAACAAAAAAAUAUUAAGUAAAUAAGCUUCAGUUUUAAGGGCUUAAAAAAUAAUUUCCCACUCUUCCUCUUUAUACACCAAAAGUCUGUGGACUACAUAUUUCUAUUUAAAAUUAUCAUAAAACACAUCUAAAUUACUGAUUGAAAUUAAUUGUUCCUUUUUAAGGAAUCUCUUUUGGAAAGGGGUGCUUCCUGAGAAGUAAUAAAUGCUUUUUAACCAUUAAAUUUUAAAUUCAAGAACUAUCUUAUGUUUUUUGUAUUGCUAUUUAGAGUGUAGGCUACUUACACUUAACACGUCACAUAUGUUUCUGUUACUUUUAAUUGUGGCAUUAUUAAGAACUAUUAUAACAUUCAGUUCAUAGUUUUUCAUAGGCAGUGAAGUCAGUUUUUGUCUUUGUGUAUAUGCUUAAUAUUUAGAGGAUAUAGUUUGAAUUUAGAACUUAGAGAAAAAAAAAAAGAACAGCAAAUAAACAUUGCUUAUCCUAUUUCUCAAAUAUAUAUACAAAUAUAUUUUUUUUAAAUUGGUGGAACUUAUAUAUGUUAAUUGUUUUGGUUUUGUUUAAGAAAUUCACAUAUUUUUCAUGUGUGUUGCUUUUCAGAUUGAGUAAGGCAAGAUCAUUAAGAUAACACUGAUGAGUCGCCUAAUUUAUGUCCCACAAACAUAUGGAUUUCAAUCCCCUGGACAUCUUAGCUGCAGCUGCGCUUGGAGAGAAGGAUGCCCCACCUGAACUGAAAAGCACUAAGUCUGAAAAGUUAUCGGGAGGCGAUCUUAAUGACCACACAACUUCUGUAGUCAGUAAAGAUGAUAAGCCUGAUUCAAACCAAGAAAUGGGCAAAACAACAAGUAAUGGUUUAAAAGAAGUCAGUAUUUGCAUACACACAUCUAAGGGCAUGGCUCCCCAAAAAAUUGACUGGAGUCCAGGGACAUUCUUGGAUAGUAUGUCAGCAAAGUCAGAGAAAUUUACCCUAGAUCAGCUUGUGAAUGAUAUCAAGAAACAGCAUUUGGAUUUAGAAAUUCACAAGCUUGCUCAACAGACCGUUGAGAAAGAAGAUUGCUCUAAAGAGCUAUCUAAAGGUGAUAUUGGUGAUGCUAGUCAUGAUGACAAACAGAAUGAUACGUUUGUAUCAGAAAGAAAUGUUAUCAAUAAAGAGACUGAUCAGAUAAUAUUGGAUACAAAUAUUAUGGCACAAAUAUUUACUAAGCAAGAGAAUGAUCAGAAGGAUUUUGCUCCGGAAGAUUCCACGAAUAGCCCGAGUGACCUUGAUACCAUGGACUCAAACUACAGCAAGUCUCCUGAUCUUGCAGAUAGUGCAUCAGAAAUAUCUCUGUCAGAAAUAAUUGCACUUGAUCACCCUUAUGCCCUUGCACCGGGAUCAACACAACUUCCAGCAUUAAUGGAUGAUGAUGAUAUCGAUGUUGGUUCAGAUCAUAGUCCGCUGACAGAAGAAACAGAUCAACGUUCACGAAAUUUGUCUUUGGAUUUUAAUUAUCUAAAAUCUGGCAUUCUUGAAGGUGUCUCAGCAAGCACCCUGGACUUGUACAAAAUGUCAAAUACUGGCUUGGGUAGGUCCAAACUACCCUCAUCAUCAUCCUCGACAUCUUCACCAACAGCUGACAUUAUUUCUAAAUCUACAAAUCACAUAUUUAGCAACGACAAGUUGUUUAAGGGCAUUAAUUCAGGUCAUGGUGUGUCGAAUAAUAACUCUCCAGUACGACCUGCUCCAAAAUAUGGGAAGUUCAGAAUAGGGACCUAUGGUUCUUUUAGUAACUUGGAACUUGAAAAAUACUUAAGAGACAAAGAUCUCCUGAAUAACAGAAAACUUAAAAUAGGUAUUCCACCAGAGUCUAGUUCCAACAACUCCUCUUUUAAUUCUCCAUCUGCAUCUCCUAGUGCUCACAGAUUUCUUCAGUCACCAAGUUUGGAUUGGGACAGAUCUGAAGCUAGUUCUGAAACUCAAGAUGAUAGUUCAGAUGCCAGAACACCUCUCAGAAUGUCACCAGACUUUACAGAAAAGGUGACUGAAUGGUCACACCCUAUGUAUCAUGACCAUGAUUACUGUGUAAAAAAUGAUACCAGCAGCCCUGAUGAUUUUAGCAAAUUUAUACCAAUUAAGAGGAAAUAUACAAAAAGAAAGAAUAAAGGGGAUGGAAUGAAUCAUGAAAAAUUUAUGAAAGCUAAAUAUUUGAAAAAAGAGCUUCUCAAACAAGACAGUUUUAUAAAAACACCCCCAGAACUUGAAUUAAUGGCUACUGAUCCUUCUGUGAUAAGAACAAACCCUGUUGGUAGGCCAAAAAAGAGACCCUUAGAAAAAGUAAUUGAUGAGGAAAUAGACCCAGAGACUGGAACAAAGUUAAAAAUUACUGGUCGAUACCAAGACCAGUAUGUUUAUUACUUGUCAAAGUCUUCCAGAACUACAACAAGAAGAAGACAAACUCCAUUAUUUCCUCACACAGCUGAUAAAAUUAUUGUUCCUGCACCAAAGCCUGGGGAUAUUGUCGUUCCUCACUUGACUGAUGCAGACAUUGAGACCGUACGAUUAAAAGGACGGGGUGCUCUUAACCUUCCAGCCCGACCACACAUGACAAAUAACUCUCCCCUAUCAACUGCUAUUUCACCCAUUCAGUCAUCAAUUCCAUCAUCAAGUCAUUCGUCAGAAUUUAUUUCUGAUGUUGAUAGUCAUAUUGUUAGCACUAUUCUAAGCAUGGAAAAUGACAACUUGGCUUCGCCCACCACUUCCCAUGCACCUGACAUCGGCAAUACAUCAGGCCUGAACCCUAAUCAGCCUGCACUGACUGAAAGCUUAAGACUUAUGAGUGGAGACUCUAGCAUAACUUCGGAGCAUGUCUUAAACUACCUUCUCAGUGUGGUUAAAGAUGAUGGUUUGCUGAAUGCUGCAUCUGGAUUUGAUGGAAGCAGUUUAUCAUUUUUCCCUUCACUUCACUCUGAUUCCAUCUACUCUAAAUCAGACCACACUGAUUGCUCAACUUCAAGUGUAGGCCAUGAAAUUAUGGACAUUGGAAAGUCUAUGCAACAAGGCAUAGGCUCUCCACAUGACCAUGAGAGUUAUGACAAUUCAGGUGUCUGUAAAGACCACAUAGAUGAGAAUGGUGGAUUACCAGAUGACCUUUCUUCUUUCAUAUCGAAUUCUCAAGGAACAUCCUCUUCCAACACAACUCAAGAUGGUGACUCCCAUGGUUCAUUAAAGAGUAUGUUUGGAUCGGAUCUUAGCUCUUUGGGUACACCACAUCUGUCAUCAUCAGUUCAACACCUUACAUCUAUUGAGAAGACUUUGGAUUACCUUGUUGGAGUAAGAGAUGAGGAUAUUAAAUUACAUUGUGGUGUUUAUAAUACUAAAUUGGAAGAUGAUGCAGAGUCUGACACAACACAGCCUCUCACACCACUGUCCAGUGCUUCAUCUGAUGACACACCUUGGAUAGUUACAGUAACGUUGUAUUUUAAUGAUGUGCCAGCUAUUAUGAUCAACAAUCAACCAUACAUUCGUCUUGUGGAUAUUCACAAGCAAAUACUGCCAGCAAAAGACACUGGUAUUCUAAAAAAACGCUGUCAAUUGUUAAAAAUUCCAGUGUUAAACUGUACAGAAAUGCAGCGCUACUUCCUUGUGCAGUAUGGCAGGGCGUAUAACUCAAAGAGCACAUUGGUUGUUUCUAAAGAGCAGGCAAAUAACUUGGUGACUUACUAUGCCACUCCACAGCCUAGGAUUGGGAGAACAGAGGAAUCUCACCAGCGCCGUGCCAGUAGUGGUGGUUCUGAAGGGGGUGCAAGAUCACCUGUGACACAUUUAUCCACUGGAAUCUUUCGCAAAAGAGGAGCAAUUAAAAAUUCUAAAAAAGCAGCAUUGCCUUCUGGGUACGUUACAUUUUGUCUAAAAUAUAAUGAAUCAUUUUGGUUGUACUAUAAUUAUUGAAAUUUGUGUAAAAAAAAAAAGGCAUCAUGUAACUUAAAAUGCUGCAGCAGAAUAAACAAAGUUUUUGAAAUAUUUUUAAUUAAUCACACAACUAUGUUCCUUAAUUUAAGAACUUUUAAGUCAGAUUCUUGGAAGUGCAUAAUUUUAAUUAUUUGGGAUAUUUAAAAAGACAAAGGUGGAUUUAAGAAAAAUUGAAUUAUUUUGAGAUUACAUGUAAUGAAAGUGUGGUAUUCUUAAAAUACAUUUCAUUUAUUUGAUAUUUUGGGGAAUAUUAUUAAAAAAAUUGACUGAUUUGAAAUCAUCAGUUUUGAAAAGAAUUAUCAGUUGUUGGUUUUUACGAAACUAUAAAGUUGAACUAUUUUUGUUCUUACUAAAGGCAUAAAACAUUUUUUUUAAUUAAUAGCAGCACAAAAAGAAUUAUGUAAUUUAAAAGAAAAGAAGAUGCAUAUUAAAAUGGAAAAUAUGGAGUUGCCCAUGAUUUUGGUAGACGAAAAUCUGUAGCAAACGCACAGUAACAAAUAUUCUUGUAAGCAGUAUCUAUCAGAGAAUAGAGUUAAAAGUUUUAAUUUUGUUAACUAUUAGAAAUGACCUAAAACAACAGAUUUCACCUUCUGUUUGUCAUAGAGAUUCUCCCACACAUUAUGCUGUUUUAUAUGGUCUGGUGGCGUAACUGCAUGAUAGCGAUGAAACCAGACAAAUGGCUUAAAAUUCUAUUUCUAAAACCGAUGAUCACUUUGCCAAAAAAACCAAUGUUAAUGUCCUUAGAUUUAAGUGUAAGAAAAGUCUUUAUAAUUCUGUAAAACCAUGUUUUGCAGGUUGUUGGGUGUCUCAGCAAGUGUGCCAUCUAAAAGUCUAACAAAGAAUUCAGAGGAUGUUCCUUCCAGCUCCAAUCACAAUAAAAGAACCCGGCAUAAGAAAGUUAAUUAUCUGGAAAUGUUGAAAGGGGAAGAGAAAGAAAAGUCAUCAACUGCUUCUAUAUUAGAAACCAUCGAGUCUGUUGUUAAAUCUGGGUCUAAUUGUGCACAUGAUGGAAAACUAAAUAAAAUGGCUCAGAAAAGAGGCAAAGAUGAUUCCAAUUGUGAUAAGAAAAGUGGAAUUAAAAAGAAGUUUGGCCUACAAAAAGGGACAAAAGUGGGAACAAAGUCAAAAAAAGACCAAGACAUUCAGAAAAUAAAAAAUGGCAAAGGUAAAAAAGGUAGUGAUAAACAGUCUGCAGAUAAAGAUAUUGAAUUCAGCUCAGAGGGAGAUUCUGAUGAUUCUCUGGAUUUAACACAAAACAAAAAGUUUAAACCUCUAAAACUCAAAGUUAAUAGUUUAUUAAAUUUUGCAGGGCAGCGCAAAGGUUCAUCUCCAAGCAAAAAAGGCUUGUUUUCUCGCAGCAAUUCAACAACAUCCCCAACAUUAGAUCGACCUCUCAGGAUUCUAGCUGUGGCUCACCAGGCAGCUUUGUCUGGAGAUAAUGCUGUAUCGCAUUUGCCCUCACAGCCAGCGGAUAUUCACUUAGACUUGUUUAAAAAAUCUAACUCAGCUUGUGUUCGAUGCGAGACCUGUAGUCAGUUUUUGUCAGUUCCGCAUUUCAUGCGCCAUCACCAUGUCCCCAUGGACAAUGAAUGGCUGGCCACUGAAGCAGCACAUCGUAUUUUAGUGCCCAGGAAUAAAGAGACUAUUUCUGAUUCUGAGAAAUUACUGUGGGAAGAAUUUCACAAGCUUCAGGAAGCUAUUGGUGGCUUUGGUGAAGCUGAUGAUGAAACAGACACAGAUGAGGGAGAGUAUGAGGAAGAUCAAGGCUCAUUUGAGCUUUCUGGCGCUUCAACUUCUCUCUCAAGUAUGGACAGAUCAUUGCGGGGAGGAUUGUCCCCUGAGGAAGGGGUGGGUACCGCUAGGCUGUCUCCUUCACAAGAUGAUGAUGAGCUGUUGACCUCAGAUGAAGAUGAGCCAACUGUGUCAGAUUUACCAGGUUCUUCUGUUGAAAAAACACAACAAAAAGAUAGUAAUCAAACUCUUUGUAAACUAGGUUUAUUGAGAAGGGAAAGUUCAGUUUCUAGUUCUUUAUCGAAUGAAGGGCAUGAUGGUAAUCAUUCAAAUUUAAGGACCAGUUCACGGAAGAGAAAAUCUAAGAAAUUAUUUUCCAUAGAGAACUAUUACACCCCCAAGAGGUCACAAUAUGAUGAUGAAUCUCUCACUCAGCCUGAGGGCUCAGUAACUAUUAACGGAAAUGGAACACCUAAUGUUGUUUCAUCACCAUCUAGAUCUCGAAAUUUAUUGUAGCACUUUUUUUUUAUAUAGAUGAUUCUCAUCUGUAUUUUCAGUCAGGGACCAAUGGUCAGUUUUAAAAAUCAUUUCAGUAUGAUUGCAACAAAACUAGGUGGGGUUUUUUGGUGGAAAUUAAAUAUGAUUUAUGUAACAGGUGAUUAAGAAUGUAAAAAUUUGAUAGCUGCAUGCUUGUUUUGUUUAGUGUAACUUGUCAUUGUUUUAUUAAAGAUUUCCCUAUAUCUUAAAUGAAAACAUUUUUAUGAAUGACUCCCAGAAGUAAAGGCAGAUUUUAAAUUUUAUUUUGCCAUACAAUAUAUUUAUUUAUAACACAAUUUUUUGUUUUGACUGUUUUUAAUUGAUGAUGGGCUUUUCGCAAAUGUUUUUAAGUAUUAAAUCAUGGAAUAAGAAAAUUUUCCAUAACUGACUGCACAGUACUUUAGUCAAAUCCAUAUUUUUAGUAGCGGCUUUCCAUCACUACAAGACAACCAUGUUUUGCAAACCAAUGUUGGUCUUAAAUUAUUUUAAAUCUUCAUCUGAACUUCAAUUGUAAGGAUUCAAUUUAUUGAGAGAUUGUUUGGAGAUGCUAAAUUACUAAAUAUUACUUUACAUUGGUUUCACAGUAAUUGUAAUUUUGUAUCCUUGAGCUUUUAAUUAAUCAUCCAGAGAUUGUUGGGGUGUCACCUGUUAAUACAUGCUUUCAUGCUGCUUUGGUCUUUUCCUUUUUGUCUAAGCUAGAAUUGGUGACCAGUCAUUUGAUUAAUUAAGGCAUGUAAAAAUCUCUUUGCACAUUGAUGAUGAUGGCAUUAUGUAUCAAUAUUGGUUUUGUAUAAAUUCUUGUAAACUGUGUUAAUUCGACCUAGAGCAACCUCCUUGAGAUCAAUACAUUAUUAACAGAUCAAAGUUCUUUUGGACAAAUAGCCUGACUUCCUUUUAUAAAAAUCUUGUUAUAAAAAUCUUGACACAGUUGUCAGGGCGGGUGAGAUCUUGUCAGAGAGACUGUCCAUUUUAAAACAAUUAAAUGCAACUGUUAAUCCAAUCCUCAUGCAUACCUCUAAUGAAGCAGAACCUUCCUUAUUUAUGGAAAUUGUUGUAGUUUGGCCAUAUCAUCUUUCUUAUUGCAAAUACAAUAUCGGUAUAUAAUAUGAAAUAGUUUGUAAGUUCACUUGAAUAAGGUAGUUGAUGUAAUAAUAAUUAUACACCAGUGUUUCAGUUGAAUCCUUUUAGCUCCAUUGAUGUCUUUACCUAGAAUUGGUGGUUAGUGAAAAAAAAAAAAAAUGUUUUCAUUUACCUGUAUGGUGAAAUGUUGUUUUUCCCCCAUGUAAAUUUUAUUCUUUUUUUGUACAUGCAGCCCAUUUUCAUGGUAAGUAAAGAUUUGUUACAAGAUGGUUUUAAAACUUUUGGG